GUGUAUGAGCUGAUAGGCCAAUCAGUGUUGAGCACGGGACGCACCCUCUGAAGAAGUCGCUUGGUCGGAGUCGGAGCUUCGCAGAGUCCGGACUCAAGCGCAGCAUUUCACAUCUAUCCUUUACUGUGUUCGCCAGAGACCGCAGCAGCAAUGGUGGCCCACGAAGAAUUCAAAACUGCUGGGAAAGCACCUGGGCUGCAGAUCUGGAGAAUUGAGAACAUGGACUUGAAGCCAAUUCCCAAAAACCUGUAUGGCAACUUCUUCACGGGAGAUGCAUACCUAGUCCUUUACACUACCGCUGCUCCUUCAUAUAGUCUCCACAUGUGGCUGGGGCAGGAAUGUUCUCAGGAUGAAAGUGGUGCUGCUGCAAUAUUUGCCACCCAGCUGGAUGAUUAUCUUGGUGGGAAGCCAGUGCAGUAUCGUGAGGUGCAAGGGAAUGAAUCGAUUGCUUUUGCUGGUUAUUUUAAAGCCGGUAUUAAAUACCAGAAGGGUGGUGUUGCUUCUGGAUUUCAUCAUGUUGUCACCAAUGAUAUGAAUGUAAAGCACUUGCUGCACAUCAAAGGAAGGAGAAUCAUAAGGGCUACAGAAGUCGACUUUUCAUGGAAGAAGUUCAAUAAGGGAGACUGCUUCAUUAUUGAUCUUGGAAAGGACAUAUACCAGUGGUGUGGAAGUGAAUGUAACCGGUUUGAGCGUCUCAAAGCUUCACAAGUAGCCAUUUCCAUCCGUGACAAUGAACGCAAUGGCAGAGGAAAGAUAACAAUGGUAGAAGAUGGAGCAGAACCCCCUGAAAUAAUUGCUGCCCUGGGACCAAAGCCAGAGAUUGCACCAGCUACUGAUGAUGAUGUGCUAGUUGAUACUGCUAAUAAAAGCAAAGCUAGCCUUUGGAUGGUGUCUGAUGCCUCUGGAUCAAUGAAGACUAGCCUUAUAGCAGAUGCAAGCCCUUUCAAGAAAGAAAUGCUUUCAACCAGUGAAUGUUACAUUCUCGACAAUGGUGCAGAUGGCAGAAUAUUUCUGUGGAAAGGAGCAGGUGCAAACAAUGAAGAACGGAAGUCAGCUCACAAAGCAGCUGAAGAGUUUUUGAAAUCGAAAAAUUACCCACGUUCCACACAGAUCCAACUGUUGCCUGAAAGUGGUGAGACUACGCUCUUCAAGCAGUUCUUCUCCAACUGGAAGGACAGAUUUGAAACAGAGGGCCCCAGUGAGGCUUACACAAUGAAUAAAAUUGCAAAAAUCAAACAAGUUCCAUUUGACGCCUCCACUCUUCACUCAAAUCACUGUAUGGCAGCCCAGCAUGGUAUGGUAGAUGAUGGCUCUGGCAAAGUGGAGAUAUGGAGAGUUGAGGGAGGAGACAAAGUUCACAUUGAACCCUCAUCUUAUGGACAAUUCUAUGGUGGAGACUGCUACUUGAUCCUGUACAGUUACAAAACUGGUGGUAGAGAGCAACACAUCAUUUAUACUUGGCAGGGACUAAAGGCCACUAAAGAUGAACUAGCAGCAUCUGCAUUUCUCACAGUAAAGCUGGAUGACAGCAUGGGAGGGGCUCCUGUGCAGGUACGAGUGACUCAGGGACAGGAGCCACCCCAUCUCAUGAGCUUGUUCAAGGGAAAGCCAAUGAUAAUUCAUUCUGGUGGAACAUCCCGUAAAGGGGGUCAAAGUCCUUCAGCAAGAACUCGUCUCUUCCACAUAAGGCAAAGCUCUUCGAAAGCUACCAGGGCAGUAGAAGUGUCUGCCUCUGCUUGUUCCUUGAACACCAAUGAUGUAUUUGUGCUGAAAGCACCUGAGGGUACAUAUGUGUGGAAGGGAGUUGGAGCAUCAGAUGAAGAAAUGGCUGCUGCAAAACAUGUGGUCAGCGUAUUGGGAGGAAAAGUCACAGAUGUCAGUGAGGGAAAAGAACCUGCUGGAUUCUGGGCUGCAGUGGGUGGCAAAAAAGAGUACCAGACUUCAAAGAGUCUCCAGAAAGUAAUUAAGCCACCUCGUCUCUUUGGCUGCUCAAACAAAACUGGCCGUUUGAUUGCAGAAGAAGUUCCUGGAGAUUUUACGCAGUCGGACCUGGCCACUGAUGAUGUAAUGUUGCUCGAUACUGGAGACCAGAUCUUCUUGUGGAUUGGUGAUGAUGCUAAUGAUGUUGAGAAAACUGGAGCACCAAAUAUAGCCAAGGGUUACAUUGAUUCAGACCCUUCUGGAAGAAAAGGAACCCCAAUUGUCACAAUCCGGCAAGCACAUGAGCCUCCAACUUUCACUGGCUGGUUUAUGGCUUGGGACCCCCAAUUGUUCAAUGUGGAUCACCUUGAGAAAGUGAAGGCCUCAUUUUAAAUGUUGUGCAAAAAUGUGUUUUUCUCCACAGCAGAAAAUGUACGAGUGUAUUAUUACAAUGGGCUUUUUUUUAGACAGCUUGUAAUAGGUAGCUAGACAAAUAAUAUAAUCAAGUGCCAAGUUUUUCAACCUACCAAGUGGAUGAGAUGGAGUGAAUUAUAAAAUAAGCAGUAGAAUGGUGUGCGGACAUAGUCCGACCUUUAAUGAAAGUAAGUGUCACUCUAAAAUAUUUGCUGUUAAAAAUAUAUAAUGACAUUUUGUUUUUAAAUUAAAUGUGGAUUUUUCUUCUUUAGAUUAAAAAUCUUAAGUAUUUUUAUGACAAAGAUUUUAGUUUACCACUAUAUUUUAUAUUUUGAGCAAAAUACAAUGCACAAUAAAUGCCAGUUAAUUAUAAUUGAUCCACUACCUGAUACAUUUGUUCAUUUUAAUUCAAAGCAAUUAAAAACAAAACUUGUGCCCACAUUUGUUUUUGCACAUUUUCAAAUUUAGAAGAAAAAAAAAAACAAAGUACACUCUGUACAGGUAGGACGUGUCUGCUUUAAAAGCUCAUGGAGAAUUCAAGAUUUCUCCAUCCUCUGGUGUGCAGCUUCAUUCAUUUUCAAGAGCAGUAAUAUGCAGACUCUCUUAAUGCCAUUAGCCAAAUAAAGGUUUAACAAUAAUGCAUUACAGAUUUAUUGUGACUCACGAUUGUAGCCAUGGUUGGCUUUAAUAAAAGACAGUUUUCUUUUUUG